UUCGCUUUACUUUUACCCUUUUAGCUGUUUUUACCCUUUAAACCGUUGGUCUUGCUGGCGCGUGAGGUCCUGCUGGCCGCGCAGCGCCGCGCUGUCCGCGGAUGCCCCCUCCAUCCUCGUUUUAACGCUGAAAUAUGCCAUGAGUUACACGUGGCUGUGGGUGCUGCGGGGCCACCCCGCGCCACCUCAGCCGCCCCUCAGAGCCAUUUUCUAUUCCUACAGGUUCCGGUAAAGCCUCUUAAAGCUUGGUUUGUCCGGCCCGCUGCAGCGUGAGUAUCCAUCCUUCCCGUGGCCACGCCGCGUGGCCGGCAGAGCUGCGACGCGCGGGGGCGUGGGGCGGGUCAAGGUGGUUGUAAAUGUUAAAAGGUUCAACGUGGAUAUCCGGAGAAGUCGCUCUCUCUCGGCUCUGUCCGUGUGGCGCAUGGGAGCGCAGGCCCUCGGGCCCGUGACGUACAGUCCCUUUCCACGACGUUGGAGAGCAAGCCGGGCCCCGAGCCUGCAGCCUGCAUAUUCCUACUGCUUCUCUGAGCCCUCGGGCCGUGACAGAGGAGACAAACCAUGCAGGAAACACAUCUUAAACAUAGUGCCAAAAUUGGAAAAGUUGAAGUGAAACACGAUUUUUGAAGCAGUUCUGUUCCAUCGCGGCUGGCUGCGGCCUCGGAGGCUGGAGGCAUCUCUGUAGGUUAGAAGCAGGAUGAGUUACUGACACGGAUUUAUCGUCCGGGGGCCAAAGUAUUGCCAACCGCGAGCCGUGCCUUGUGCUGCCUGUCCCUGUGUGUCUUUCUGUCCCCGUGUCCUGCCCGACCUGCGGGCAGUGCCCUGGCCGGGGACCGCCGGCCGCCAGGGGGCGCAGCGCCGUGAGGGGCCGGCGCGCGCAUGCGCAGACCAGAGCGCGGCGGAGCCGGCGGACGAUUCCAAGAUGCCAGGAAAACGCAGAGUCAAGAUCCUGGUGCCAGAAGAAGAGUCUACUGAGAUGAAAAAGGUUAAAGAUUCCAAGAUGCCAGGAAAACGCAGAUUGAAGAUCCUGGUGCCAGAAGAAGAGUCUACUGAGAGGAAAAAGGUUAAAGUCAGCCACCCAUCACAUCGUUCACAGCCUGGGCUGGUGCUGACACUGGGCCAGGGUAAUGUUGGCCAGCUGGGUCUGGGUGAGGACAUCAUGGAGAGGAAAAAGCCAGCUCUGGUCACACUGCCAGAGAUGGUGGUGCAGGUGGAAGCUGGAGGGAUGCACACGGUGUGCCUCAGCCAGACUGGAAAGAUCUACACCUUUGGCUGCAACGAUGAAGGUGCCCUGGGACGUGACACCUCGGCUGAAGGGUCUGAGACCUCUCCAGGGCUGGUGGAGCUGCAGGAGAAGGUGGUGCAGGUGUCGGCGGGGGACAGCCACACGGCUGCGCUAACUGAGGACGGCAGGGUCUUUGUCUGGGGCUCCUUCCGGGAUAAUAAUGGAGUGAUCGGCUUGCUGGAGCCCAUGAAGACAAGCUCUGUUCCUUUGCUGCUCGAGCUCGAAGCGCCUGUCGUUAAAAUAGUUUCAGGAAAUGAUCACUUGGUGAUGCUGACAGUGGAUGGCAACCUGUUCACAUGUGGCUGUGGUGAACAGGGCCAGCUGGGCAGAGUGCCAGCACUCUUUGCCAGCCGAGGAGGACGGAGAGGACUGCAGCGGAUGCUGGUCCCCCAGCUUGUUCCUGUCAGAGGCAAAGGGAGAAGAAGCAACAUGCGCUUCCAGGACGCUUUCUGCGGGGCGUAUUUCACCUUCGCCGUCACUCAUGAGGGACACAUCUAUGGAUUUGGCCUCUCCAACUACCACCAGCUGGGGACUCAGGACACCGAGCCCUGCUUCUCCCCGCAGAACCUCACAUGCUUCAAGAACUCCACCAAGUCUUGGGUUGGGUUCUCUGGCGGGCAGCACCACACAGUCUGCGUCGACUCUGAAGGUAAAGCCUACAGCCUGGGCAGGGCAGAGUAUGGCCGGCUGGGCCUUGGGACAGGAGCAGAGGAGAAGAGUACACCUACAGUUAUCCCAGAGCUCCCCAGGAUCAUCUCGGUGGCCUGUGGAGCGUCAGUGGGUUAUGCCGUCAGCAGUGAUGGACGAGCGUUUGCCUGGGGAAUGGGCACUAACUACCAGCUGGGCACUGGGGAGGAAGAUGAUGUCUGGAGCCCCGUGGAGAUGACGGGGAAGCAGCUGGAGAACCGGCGGGUGCUGGCUGUGUCCAGUGGUGGGCAGCACACUGUGCUGCUGGUCAGUGACAAGGAGCAGAGCUGAUGAAGCGAUGCAACAGCCGGGCCCAGUGGGAUCACAGCACCCUCAGACCCCCCACAACUUCUGCCUGGGACGGGGAGCUGAUUACCUGGGGAGGGCAGGAGGCUUAUGGAGCUCGGCCCAGCAGCGCCUGCGUGGCUGGAACAGGGUCCCCAUGGGUUCUCCCUGCAAGUGUUUGUCUGUUUUCCUGUGGUGUCCAGUGCUCUGUCAGCUCCCCGGGUCAGCUUGAUCCUAAACUGAUCCCAGUUCUGUGCCUGGAUGGAUUUCCAGUUGUUCUCAUCUGUUUUUUAAACAUUUCCUGGCCCAGCAAAGCUGAGGGUCUUGUUCUUCACUCUGCAAUCAGGUUUGGGUAUCAGUCUCCCUGAGGUCCCCAUGUUCCCCACAUCUGGAUGCUCCUCCACCCCCUUCACCUAAAUAUACCUCUCUGGCCAGGAUUUGUCUACUGUGACCCCCCCCAAACCCAUCUGAGCCCGUUCUAGGUGGAUGCAAAUUCAGCAGGAAUGUGCCCAGGAAGCUCUAUCCUUUAAUCCAGAUCUUAUGGCUACUGUGGGGAUAUUCUGCCUGGUGAGGGAGAAUGCUGCUGGGUGAUGCCUAGCACACUGUGAUUGCUGAAGGCUCCUGCCUCCCAUCCCUCAAGCUGAACACCCCCCACCCCCCCCAGCAGUGAGGCCAGGAGCAUCUUCCCCACUCCCCAUGGCUUGGAGCAGCCACCUCACCAUUGCUUUUUGCAGUCCUGGCCACUCCCUCGGCUGUUGCCUUUGGAAACCCAACCAAAUCCAUCCCAUGGGUGGGAACACUUUUUAUUUUUUCUCUUUUCGCUUGCUGAGGAAGGAGCUUCAUUUGCUUUUGGGGGCUUGCUGAGCAGACACCCAGACCCCAGCUAUGCAUGGAGACACUGGAAACAACAGGACUCCUCCUCCCCACUGUCUCCCUGAUCCAACUGGUCUUGCUUCCUGUGUGCAGCCUGCUCCAUGCUCUCCCUAUAGGUACCUGGAGUGAGGAGGGGUCUGCAAAGAGCUAAAUUAUAGCAAUAGGAGGAGUUGUGGCUGGGGAGGGGGGGGGGGUCUGGGAUUAUACAAUAGUUCUGAAGGGGUUAGAUUUUUUAAAAAAGAAAAUGUAUUUUGGUUGAUUAAUCAAGGCAGAAAGGACAAAAAAAAAGUCUUUUAGCAUUUGGAAUAAACUGAGUUUUGAUAAA